CUUGUCGUCGUGGUUGGCGUUACAUAUACUUGGUAUGUAGGCGCCACAUAUAACCAGACAAUAUUGAAGCCAUCUCGGAGUCAUAAUGUCUCCUGAAAAACAGGCAGUUGCACCGCCAAGCUCCAAGUCCAAAAAGAACAAAAAGAAGAACUCCGCAGCCAAACAAAAUGCCGAUGGUAAAGGAGGUGUCAAUGAAUCGAUACAAGUUACUGGUAACAAACCAGGCCAGGAAUCAAAACCUCAAACCGAAGACUCAAAUGGCAUUUCAACGAACGAGCCGGACAGUGAAACUCCGGAUAUAAAGAGCAACGAAAAAGAAGAUGAAGAAGAAAAUGGAGAAGAAGAAACGACGACGACUUCAAAAGGCCGUGGCACGGCUGAGCAAGCUGACGCCAUGGCAGCUUCUGCGGAAUCCGAAAACAAGUUCGAUGCACUUGUUCGAGAUCGUGAUUCUCUUCGUGCUGAAGUGACUGAGCUCCGCAAGUCAUUAGAGGAGCUGCAAAACAAACACACUGGAGAAAUGGAAGCUCUUCAACAGAGAGUAACUGACUCGGAGACCAAGAAAGAGCAAGCAGAAAGUCAAUUUCAGAAGUUGAUGGAAAGGGUAAACACCAUCAAGUCGCAAUUGGGGGAGAGACUGAAGGAGGAUGCGGAAGAACUUUCUCGUGCGAGGACAAGGAUAGAGGCAUUGGAAGAGGAGAACUCGGAGCUGAAGGAAGAAAUUGAUUCAAAGACGACAACAAUAUCAGGAUUGAGGAAAGAUGCGGAGGAAAAUUCUAAAGAGCUGAUAGGUUUGCGAGACAGAGCUGCCGUCUCUCAACAAAAUUGGAUUAGAGAAAAGGAGGAAUUGCUGGGUCAAGAGUCGGACAUUCGCAUUGAAUUUGAAGAGGCUAAGCAGGCAAUGCACAACUGGGAAGUUUUGGCGAUGGAGGAGCGCUCGAUCAGAGAAGGGCUAGUAGGAAAAGUGAAUGACUUGGAGGAGCAACUCUCCACUCUUCGUGACGAGUAUAAUACUGCGAUUAAUGACAACAAUACACAGUCAGUCACGAUUGAUGGGUUACAGCGGGCUCUACAGGAGAUUCAAGAUGCCCGAAAGCAAGAGCUACGUGAACUCGUCCAGUCCUCUGAUGCACAACUCGAAGAACUUAGGACUUCUGUUGGAGCGGCCGAAGAAAGGGCCAUUAAAGCUGAUACAGAACUGGAACAAGCGCGAACGGAGCUCUCGAGACUUCUCCCUUUCGAAAAAGACGUCAAGGAGAAGAAUUUACUCAUUGGAAAAUUACGACACGAAGCUGUUACGUUGAACGACCACCUUACUAAAGCGCUAAGGUUUCUAAAGAAAGGGAAACCUGAAGAUAACGUCGAUAGACAUAUUGUGACCAACCACCUUCUUCAUUUUCUUGCACUUGAUCGAUCUGAUCCCAAGAAAUUUCAAAUUUUACAACUUAUAGCAGCUCUUUUACAGUGGAACGAUGAUCAACGUGAGCAAGCUGGGCUUGCUCGUCCAGGUACUUCAGGCAGUGUCGCUGGACUACAGGUGCCGAAGUUUUCCGUUAGUCGAAGACCGAGCGCACCUUCUCUAGCCACUGAAUAUAUGGAGAAUGGUCAUGCUGGUAAAGAGACAUUGGCAGAGCUAUGGUCAAAUUUUCUGGAGCAAGAAGCUCAAACUGGCGGUGGAAAUGCGACCAGGUCUGGUUCUAAUGCUGGUCUUAAAUCGCCUUAGAUACAAGACUGAACACUAUCACGACCAAGAUAUCUUUGCUACUAUUCUUGUAUUUUUGAUCUCCUGGGUCAUGUUUGACAUAUCUUGUAGACGAUAAUUACUAGAUUUAAAUCACAUAUUAUAUGAUUCUAA